CUAUCCCAGCAGACGCUAACCGAUGUUGCGUAACGUUUGCAAUGGAGUUUCUGUGUGCUAGGCGCUUAGUAGGUGGGCGGUUUUGUUUUGAAAUUGAAAUGUUUGUGUCACACACAGCAAAAGUUGGAUGGAACAUACACUGUUACGUGUAUAAAAUAUCAGAGACGCUGCGACAAUUACUAGAGAAAGGUUGAGAAUCUCAAGUGCAUAAGAAGGGGGGCUUAAUGCAUCCUCGUACUGGAGUGUUUGCCGCAAAAGUGCUGCCUAAUUCCGUAACUUAUCAGCAGAUGACGUCAUAGGAUAUUGCUGUAUCAUUUCCGUUAUCAGCUGCCUUGAAAUGAAUUGCAGUUAAUUGACCUAUAAGUACUGAGUGGUGACACUGCCUUAGUCCAGUACUGGUGAGUGUCUCGGAGAAUCCGCGCCAGGUCCUGACGCAGGGAAGAAAAAAUGAGUGUGUAUCAGGCAGUGCAACCGGAGUACACGACGUCUGACAGUAGUGAUGCUGACAGAAACGUUACGUUGGACUACUCGAGGCUGUUACUCGAUUCGGACACAUUGAUGUACAACUUGGAAGAGUAUGCAGCGAAGGACAAAAAAGCUACUGAGGAUGUAGACACGUUAUUGCUGUACAACAAUGACUUGGAUACACUGCCGGCCAGGGUUUCGAAGUUUACAAAUCUAAAAAUGCUUGAUAUCAGUUACAAUAAUAUAACCCACCUUCCAGAAGCAUUAACGGAAUGCAGGCUCACCUCCCUCAUAGCAAGGAAUAAUAUGUUGGAAAAUGACUCCUUCCCUAAAUCGUUUGGUGCACUUACCAGUUUGAAAGAACUGAAUUUAAGUGGUAAUAGUCUAACGUCAUUCCCACAGCAAAUUUUGGAACUUACGGCACUGAAGUACUUGUACCUUGGUUCUAACAGCAUCACCAACAUCCCCAAAGAUAUCUGGAAAUUACAGAGUUUGCAGUACUUGUACAUGGGUGGCAAUAAGCUUCAAGAAGUACCUGCAUCUGUUGGUAAACUCAAAAACCUUCAGGCUUUGGUGCUGUGUGAUAACUUGUUGGAAAGUCUGCCAGCAGCUAUAGCAAAUCUUAAGUACCUGAAGUCACUUCUGCUACACAAGAACCGUUUAACAGUUCUUCCACCAGAAAUUGUGGGUCUAAACAGCCUUGCAGAAUUGAGUCUCAGGGACAACCCACUUGUGGUGAGGUUUGCCACGAACAUGUCUCUGGACCCUCCAACACUGUUGGAGCUGGCAGCGCGCACCGUGAAGCUUGCUAACGUCACAUACUCUCCAUAUGACCUCCCAAGAACUCUUGUACAUUACCUGGACAGUGCACACCACUGUGUCAAUCCUCACUGCAAAGGAGUGUAUUUCGACAGCCGAGUGGAACACGUGAAAUUUGUCGACUUCUGUGGCAAAUACAGGAUACCGCUGAUGCAAUAUCUAUGCUCUUCACGUUGUAUCAGCGAAUCGUCCCCUUCAUCAGCAAGCGAGUCUUCGGAAGAGGAAGCAUGUCAUAUGGUGAAGAGAGUACUGCUAGGCUGAUUGUUGACUCGCUGCAAAGUUUUGUCAUUACAGGCUUAUUGCUGCUGAUGUUGGCAAGUCAUUGACAUGAUUUUUGGUGUAAGGAAUAGGAUGUGUGUUGUGCAGUGAAUGUCAAUAUAAGCAAAGUUUUUCUUUCUGUUAGUUGACUUCCUGCCCUUCACAACAUUCCAUAUGCCAUUCUAUGCAGUGCAAAGUGUGUGUCUGAUAAAGAACUUCGGCAUUUUAUCGGCUGAAUACUAGACACACAGUGAGAUACCAGAAGCAUAUCUAAGGGAAAAGAAUGUUAUGAUGUAUCACAAAAUCUCUGAAAGCCUGUCACCUAUGGUGCGUGCCCCGUGAAACAUUCAGUAUAAUGGAAUAAACAUUUCUCUGAUUGUAACAGUGGGAGGUGAAGCAGUGAUGCACCGAUGGAGGAGUUAGUAUUUCUGUAGUGAACAAGGGAAGAAGAGGAUUGAAGCUUGUGAGAGACUAAGAGGGGGGGGGGGGGGGGAGGAGAGAGAGAUACGUUUGCAAUUGGGCAACUUAAUGCCUUGAUUGUGCUGGAAUUAUGUUUGUUGCUGCAAGAUGUGCCUUUUAUAAAGGCACACUUGACAGAUAUGUGAAUGGUUUCUGAUGCCUUGGAAAUUGCCUCCAUUAUAAAUAGAUUUUUUACUUGUCGUUGGAAUUGGUGGAAAUUAAAAAUUUCAUACUCUGCAGCAAACUGAUUUGAAAAGGAAAUUUUCAAAUUUUUAAACUUGAUGUGUAUCACAUUUGUUAACAUGUAACUGUUCAAAGAGCUGCACUUUGUGGAAUUCAGUAAUUAUUAUUUUAUUAUUAUUUUUUUCUGUUGCAACUGUACUACAAUACAGAAUUACACCUUUACCUGAAUACUAACUGUGUUUGGCUCCUACCAUUUUACAUAAAAUAGCAGAUGUUGAAUGUGAGAUGUAUCAGUGUAUUGCAUUCUGUUUAGAAACUUCAUUUUAUUGCUUCAGUGAAAUAGAUGCCAUGUUUGUUUCCAAACUGAUCUACUAAGAUACUGUCACAAAUAGAGAAUUUUUCAUACUGACAUCAUAGUCUCUCUUCAGAAACAAAGUAUUGUAAAUCAGUGUGGAAAAUAGAAUUGUUAGAAUAUUUUGUUUUAAAUAGGAACACAGACUUCAGUAUCAUUGUAUUAUAUUCUCAUAAUGCAGUUGUCACCUAGUAUUUGAUGGAAUGAUGUACCUUAUUGCUCAACAACACUCAUACUGCCUGAUACAUUCUGCAUUCCCCUGGAUUAUGGGACCAUUUUAAUUAUGAAGUAAUUUUCUUGCUAAAAUAGGGACAGUCUGACUUGCUGCAGAAAUGUAAUUGACCAUUAUUUGGUAAGAAUCGACUGGAUUACUUUUAUUACUACUCUGUCAAUAGAGGAAAAAAGUCGUAAUUUAAUGAAAUGUGUGAAAUACAAGCCUUUGUAUAAUGAUCUGAUUGUGGUUGUGUGUACAGUAGCUGGACUUAUUGUGUGAAUUUUGUGUUAUAUUUGUAGUUUUAUAAAAUUUCAUAAGAAUUGAGAUAUAAAAUGCAAUAAAGUUUUGUAAAUUA